AUUGUAUGUGUCGUGGGCCUGUAUAUUUGGUGUGUGGCUGCUGAUCCCGCAGACCCAGGAGUCUUUAAAUCGAAAAAGUAUCUCAAUAUUACAGACAGCAAAAAGGAUAUCCGGCUCAAGGAAUCUAAACUGGGUGAGGGUUCAACUUUGUCAAUACAUGAUGCGAAUAAUGAAGCAAUUGGAGAGAAACAUAUUGAUAAGGGCAUGAAGGACAUGGAUGCAGAACCAGAAGAUCAGACUACUGAAAUAGGAAAGAAUAAUGCAUCAUCUCACCAAAAAGCUUGUUUUAUGCCCUUUUUCGCUUUCCUCCCUUGUGCUUUUAUGUGCAACUGCUGGAGUCCGCUUGAGGAAUCUUCUGAGCAACAAAUGAGCGAGGAUGGCAUGUUCUACUGUAGUUUGUGUGAAGUAGAGGUGUUCAAGUACAGCAAGCAUUGUAGAAUUUGUAACAAGUGCGUUGACCGUUUUGAUCAUCACUGCAGGUGGCUCAACAAUUGUAUAGGCAAAAGGAACUAUCGGAAGUUUUUCACCCUCAUGGGCUCUGCCUUUCUCCUGCUUAUACUUCAGUGGUCAGCUGGAAUACUAGUAUUGAUAUGCUGUUUUCGUGAGCGCAAGAGUUUCUCUGUUGACAUCGCCUCCAAGUUAGGAAGCAGUUUCUCUGUGGUGCCCUUUGUUAUUGUGGUGGCAGUAUGCACCAUAUUGGCCAUGAUUGCAACCCUACCGCUUGCACAACUUUUGUUCUUUCAUGUUCUUCUCAUAAAAAAGGGAAUUAGCACAUAUGAUUACAUUAUUGCUCUGAGGGAGCAAGAGCAACAAGGAGUUGGAGGUCAGCAAAGUCCCCAGAUGUCAUCUGCAAGCUCCCUUACUGGCUUAAGCAGCACAAGCUCUUUCAAUACUUUUCAUGGAGGAGCGUGGUGUACACCUCCACGCCUGUUUCUAGAAGAUCAGUUUGAUGUAGUCCCUCCAGAGACUGGAUCUGUAAGUUCACUUGGAAAAAAGACAGUAGCAGAGGAUAAUAUCAAGAAAAAGAACCCCCCCGCAUCUGUAAAAAUCAGUCCAUGGACAUUAGCACGCAUGAAUACAGAAGAUGUUUCAAAAGUUGCUGCAGAGGCGAGGAAAAGAUCCAAAAUACUGCAACCUGUUGUGAAACGAGAAGCCCCUUAUGGCCUCGAAAUGGAUGGUGACUUUAGCAGCAGUGGACACCGAAUGAUCCCAAGGCCUGAUAAUAAUAGAAGGCGAUCUAGUAAGAGGUUUCGCCUCCCUGCAGAGCUACCCCUUGGAUCCCUGACCAAAGUUUCAAAUGAAGAUACUGAAAAUAGCGGAAAUGAUAUGAUUACUGAGACAUCAAGGAGUUUACCACCUCUUCAGCUUGAAGCACGGAGUGCUUUCCAAACAAGCCGAGCUACAUUCAGAUCAGGUGGUAUUGUCUCUUCUUCUCCAGAGAGCAGUUUAGACUCCCCUGAUCUUGACCCAUUCCGGGUCUCCUUGUCAGGAGCUGAAGAGGGAAGGAGACUCACUGGGCUAUCGGCAGCUGGCAUGGCUGCUCAGAAGGGUAUCCAAUUGUCAAGGUCAACUAGCGAUGGAUAUGAAGCGUCUGGUGGGGAAGAUAGUGACAAAGUUCCUUCCCGGAGUGUUCAAAGGUCGACAAACUGGAGUAACAUCUUCAGCACUGACCAGGAUGAAAAGGUCUCUCGACUGAAGGUGUCAUCUUCAUCUAGCCAAGCUAAAAGUAGAAAGCUUUGA